AUGGCCACGGCGAUGGACGUCGAUAGAGCCGGCGGCGGGGAGAGGCGGCCGUCGGAGAAGGAGCUCUUCCGCGCCGCGGAGUCCGGCGACGCCGCCGCGUUCGCCUCCCUCGCCCCUGCCGACCUCUCCCUUCGCAACGAGGACGGCCGCUCCCUCCUCCACGUGGUGCUCGCGCUUGCGCAGUGCGGCGGUGACUCCGCGGCGAGCGUGCUGAACGCGAAGGAUGAGGAGGGGUGGGCGCCGAUCCACUCCGCGGCGAGCUCCGGCAACUCUCAAAUCGUCGACAUCCUGCUUGAGCGAGGUGCUGAUGUUAACCUGGUUACUGAUGGUGGCCGAACUGCUCUUCAUUAUGCUGCGAGUAAAGGGAGGCUUAACAUAGCUGAAAAACUAAUAGCCCAUGGUGCUAAUGUCAACAAGAAAGACAAGUUUGGCUGCACACCCUUGCAUAGAGCUGCCAGCACAGGAAAUGCGGAGUUGUGUGAAUUCCUCAUCGAGGAAGGCACUGAAGUUGAUGCUGCUGACAAGACAGGACAAACACCUCUUAUGCAUGCUGUUAUAUGUGAGAACAAAGGGGUUGCUCUUAUGCUAAUUAGACAUGGUGCUGAUGUUGAUGUUGAGGACGAGGAAGGCUACACUGUCCUUGGCCGAGCAUCGAACAGCUUCAGACCUGCACUUAUCAAUGCAGCCAAGGCAAUGCUUGAAGGUUGA